AUGAGCAACUACUCGGUCGGAAAUCGCAGCGAUGCAUUCUCCACAGAAGCGGAUGGAGUAUUCUGCUCCACUGAAAUAUCGAUCGUGGCUGCAUCGAGCGCUACAUUAAUUGCUGCACUUGGAACAAUCGGAAAUGUGACGACGUUACUAGCACUAGGCCGUAACCGUGCCGUGCGCCAACGACGGCGGCAACCAACAACCGCCUUCGUUAUGUCGCUCGCUACCGCAGAUUUAUUGUUUUGUGUAGCCGUUAUGCCGCUCAUGGCACUUCGGUACGGUCGACGAAGAUGGCCCUUCAUUUCCAACAGCUUGUGGUGCAGACUGUUCCCGGUGGCACUGUACGGUACGGUAGCCACAUCCGUGUUGAGCUUGGUGGCACUUACCGUCAAUCGGUAUGUACUGAUCGUACAUCCGAGUUGGUAUGGAUCGAUCUAUCGAACGGCCGGUAUGGUCCCGCUUCAGUUGGCCGUUUGUUGGGCCAUCCCGUAUGGUUUAAUGGCUCUGCCACUAUUUGAAUUGUGGGGACGUCUAGGGUUUGAUCGUCGUACAUUCUCCUGCACAGUUUUACCUUCAAUCACAUCAACGGGCAAAUUUUCCGCCAGUCCUAAGAAAUUCAUCUUCAUCGUUGGAUUUGCACUGCCAUUCUGUGCUAUUGUGCUGUGCUACACUGCCAUCAUCAGUGCAGUUCGACGGCAGCGACGGAACAUGCAAAGAUAUACGGUGAAAAGUUCAAUUUCGGCUACCACUACGCCCGGCAGUAUUGCUGCCGCGGCCAGCAAUGAUGAUGACGAGAGGCAUCUUACAAGAACAACGGCUGCUAUAUUCGGAUGUUUCAUGAUCUGCUUUCUGCCGCUUACGAUCGCCAACGUGCUGUUGGAAGACGCUGAGUCUACUGGAGAGGCUGGUGAUAUUCAUGUGCUGGCAUCGAUUUUGACAUGGCAUUCGGCCGUACUUAAUCCCUUCAUUUAUGCGCUGGGUAGUCGACACUAUCGUAAUGCUUACUGGGCCGUUCUUCGGUGUUCUGAUUGCAAAAGCACAGAAACCCAGCGAAGGAUUACCUUCCACCGGCAUCAAUCGGCCAUGAUGACUCCAGGCGUAACGAAAUCUACUAAAAUCGGAAAUUGUGCAGCUGAUAAUACGGGGAGUGGAACCCAAAAUAAUUCGGAUGUAUGA